CAUACACACAGACACACAGGCACAUAUACAUGACGAUUGAGCUAGUAUAGAGACAUGCACAGAUGACAGGCAGGCAGGCAGGCAGGCAGACAUAUACACACUAGCUCACAGGUGCUUACACGCACUCAUACACACGAACACGAAAGCACAUUCAUGUACACAUACUACACAUUUACACACCGGCACAUGUGCGCUUACAGACACACAGACACAUAGACAAAUGCUAGUACUUAUAUAGACCACAGAUAUUUAUCAACGGUUGCACUUACUCACACUUCAGAUAUAUCUAUCAAUAUAACAUGAUGCUGUAGCAGUAGUUAGAGCAGACUUCACUGGGAGACAUGGAUUACAGAUACAGCUAUUCAAGGAAGCUGUUUUUUUCUUUUAAUAGUUUGGCACUUUACUACAAAGAUCACUGAAGGUAUAGAAAGACAGUUUCAAGAUGUGUACUGAAAUUCUUUUAAAGUAAAAACACAGUAAAAAAUUACCAAGAAUCAUUUAAUAUUUUGAUUUAGAAUUAAUGGAGGAUAUGUUUGUCCAUAUUUUUGUAGUUUCCACCUUCCUUCACAGUUGUUCUAGUGUGGACUUAACUUACUAUGUGGAGGAAGGCAAACUACCAGGGACAUACUUAGGCGACAUUGCCACUGAUGCACAGGAAAUACAUAUUUUGCUCCUUAAAGACCACAGUCAAAUUACAUUUGAAGAACUGCCUCAAAGACAAACUAGUAGUACAGCAUUGUUUAAUGUCACUCGAAGUGGAAAACUUUACACAACUCAGCUCAUUGAUGCUGAGCACCUUUGUAUGUACAAUACAGAGUGUUUCAAAACUAUCAAAAUUGCUGUUCGACAAGCAGAAACUUUUAUCAAAGUACUAAAAGUACGUGUUUUCAUAAAAGACGUUAAUGAUAACGAACCAACUUUUCCGAAAAAAUUGGUGAAAAUAGAUUUUUCUGAAACAGAUAGGAAAGGAACAAUGAAAUCAAUUCCAAAUGCUAUUGAUAAAGACGUUGGCCUUCUGAACUCAAAGAUCACAUACCGAUUAAGAAAAAGUGCUGGUGAACCAUUUACACUUUUCGUAGCAGAAAAAGAAUUUGGCACAUCAAAACUUGGAAUUGUAUUAGAAAAAAGUUUAGACAGAGAAGUGAAAGAUGUAUAUAAACUCCAGGUAAUUGCAAAAGAUGAAGGAUCACCAAUAAAGAUAGGUAUUUUAGAAGUCCAGAUAUCUGUAACAGAUAUUAAUGACAAUAGGCCUGUUUUCUCUCAUAGUAUGAACAAUAUUUCUAUAAAAAACACACAUCCUCAAAAUAUACCUAUACUAGUAUUGUCAGCAACUGAUUUAGAUUCUGGCAAUAAUGGUAAUGUUUCAUAUCAAUUUAAUUCCAAAACGCCAGAAAUUGCCAAAGAAAAAUUCAAGUUAACAAAAAAUGGGGAAAUAUAUGCCCAAGAAAUUAGAAACUUGGGUAAAAAACAAUCAUAUAAACUGUUUGUUGAUGCAACUGAUGGUGGCAAUCCUCCAUUAAGUUCAAUUGCAAUGGUUUUAAUAAAUGUGAUUAACCAACAGAAUACACCUCCUGAAUUAGAUAUCAAUUUCGUUUCACAGCUGCAGGAAAACUUGGCUGCUAUUUCUGAAAAGAUUGAAGUUGGUAGUUUUAUUGCUUAUGUCAGUGUCAUAGAUAAUGAUGUUGGCAAGAAUGGAGAAGUUAGCUGCAGUCUUAACCAUGAUAAAUUCCAGCUUUUGAAUUUAGGUUCAAAGGAAUAUAAAAUAAUUAUGAAAAAACCUGUAAACAGGGAAGUGACUGAUCAUUAUGACAUGUCAAUCACAUGUGAAGAUGCAGGCAGUCCACCAUUACAAACUAAAAGAGAAUUUUCUAUUCAAGUUAUGGAUGUUAAUGACGUAAGACCACAGUUUAUAAAAAGCACUUUUAAAUUUCUUACUUAUGAAAAUGAAAAAUCAAAUUUUCCUGUUGGUUUUAUUAAUGCGACUGAUCCUGAUCUAGGGGAUGGUAGUAAGUUAGCUUAUUCUUUGGAAAAUGGUAAAAACCAGAUAUUACCUUUCAAGAUUACAAAUUAUGGGUUUAUUUCCACAAUCAAAUCCCUGGAUCGUGAACAACACAAAACUUAUUCAUUUAAAGUAAUUGUCAAAGACAAUGGAUCACCAUCUCUUAGUAACACAGCAAAUGUUAUUGUUGAGGUCAUGGAUGAAAAUGACAAUGCACCAUACUUCACAUUUCCUAGUGUUAACCCUUUUAGUCUAGAUGUUCAUUAUCACCCACAAAGCAAGAAUGACAUUACAGUCCUGAGAGCUUUAGAUAGAGACAGUCGAGAAAAUGCUUUCCUUAAGUAUAAUAUUAUUUCUGGGAAUGAGAAACAGUUAUUUACUGUCAAUACUUACUCCGGAAUGUUAUCAUUUUCUCGAAAAGUUUACCAAAAUGAUGCUGGAUCAUACAACCUUCUGUUAGUUGUGAAAGACAGUGGCAGCCCAGUGCUGUCAGCAACCACUACACUGUCCUUAACACUAACUGUCAGCAACAGAACAUCCCCAAUGCUGACAGCUGCUCACAUCCAAUCUAGUGACAUGAUAGAUAUCAACUUGGUCAUUGUCAUAGUUGUUACAGCUGUAGUGAUAUCAAUUGCUAUAGUUGUUAUAAUAACGAUAUGUAUAGUGAGAUGUAACAGAAGGAGAAAUAUGUUACAUACAGCAGCAAUGAAUCCAGCCAUGCAACCAGGACGAGAGAAAUGUUUAAUGAUAUCUCAGAGUAACAAUCCUUUUGCUAUAACACAGAACCCCGAAGAAGGGGUGCAUCAUAGUACACCAUCAAUGAGAUCCAGAAGGGAUUUCUGUCCAGAGCAGGAGCUACCUGUUGAAUGGACGUCAUUAACAUCACCUGGGAAAAUGCCUGCAUCAGUCCAAGCCUGCAUUCAAGAAGUUGGUGCAACAUCUGGAAGAAGUGAAAAGAAAUUUAUAUCAACACAGGACUAUUAUCCCAAAACUGUUUCUACCCCUAAGAACACUGGGCACAGCUUCCAUAAAAAGGAUACCAGCCCCUAUGAAGAGAUCCCGGGUAUGUAGUUUUGGUCUCUUAGU